ACGAAGGGUGUUGCGCCGGAGCCGAAAAGGCGAAGACCGCGUUCGACCGAGCAUCUGCGAACCAGCCCACCGACGAGGCUCGGGACUCCUUCCUCCAGGAAGCCAGGGACGACCUGUCUCCUCAGCCUCAAGAGGAGGAACCGGCGACCAAACUUGGCCCCUCAGAGAAAAGCGGCGUGGCUCCGGCUGAGAUGCUGGAGAAUGCCGAACCGGAGACCGUACCUGAGGCCGAGAAGCUUGCAGCUACCUCGGAAAAGGCUGAAGACGUCCCCGCCGAGCAAGAGCAGGUAACAGCUGCCUCGGACAAGGCUGGAGACGUCGCUGCGGAACAAGUAGCUGAAACUACUUCGGAAAAGGCCGAAGACAUUCCUGCCGAACAAGGGGAGGUGACAGCUGCGUCGGACAAGGCUGAAGGCAUCCCUGCCGAGCAAGAGAAUGUCGUUGCUGCCUCGGAAAAGGCCGAGGACCUUCCCGCCGAGCAGGGGAAGGCGGAGUCCGAGACCAAGGAGCAAGCCGGCCUUGAGGGCCAAGAGCCCGCCACGGAGGAAGCUGAAGCACCUGCAGAGGAAGCGCAAGCCGAGCCCGAAAAGCCGCAGCUCGACUACUCGAUCCUCAAGAACGGCACCGUCAACAAAGGCGGUAACGUUAUCGACGAAGACGGCCAGAUCAUCGGCCGCGUCGUCGAGGGCAAGAUUAAGGACCUCGUCGGCAAAGGGGUCGACGAAAAUGGUAACAUCUUCAACAAGCAGGGCAAGAUUGUCGGCAAGGCCGAGCCCAUCCCCGAAGACGAACUCGAGGCCAUGCGCCGGGCCCCGUCACCCUUUGAGAACUUCCCCGAUGCGGUGGUCGGCAAGGACGGGCUCGUGCUGUCGGGCGAGGAUAUCGUGGGAAGGGUCAUUGAAGGAGACUUCAACAAACUGAAAGGCGCAAAGGUGGACCCCGAUGGCGACAUCCUGGACAAGAUCGGCAAUGUGAUCGGGAAGGCUGAACGGUGGGAGCCUGAACCGGAGCCCGAGCCCGAGCCCGAGCCGGAGGUGGACAAGUCGAUUCUGGCGGGAAAGCGUGUCAACAAGGCCGGGAAUCUGGUUGAUAGCAGCGGCACCAUCUUCGGCCGGGUUGUGGAGGGCGAUGUGAAGAGGAUGAUCGGCCGCAUGUGCGACAAGAACGGCAACAUCCUCAGCGAGAGUGGCGACAUCCUCGGCAAGGCUGAGCUUGUCCCGGAGGGCGAGCGUGAGGGCCUGAAGGAGGGUCCGUUCGCGGAGCUGCAGGGUUGUACUGUUGCCAAAGACGGCACCAUCGUCACUCCGGCCGGGGAUAUCGUCGGCAGGCUCACCAGCGGAGACCCCAAGAUGCUAUUCGGACGACCGGUCGACGAGGACGGUGACAUUCUCGACAAGAACGGCAACGUCGUCGGCAAGGCCGAGCGCUGGGAGCCGGAGAAGGUGGAACGCGAGAAGAACCCUAUGACAGGGCGCAAAGUUAACCGGGAGGGUAAUGUUGUUGAUGAGAGCGGCAACAUCAUUGGCAAGCUCACUUCUGGCGACCUGACCAUCUGCGCUGGUAAGGAGAUCGAUGACGACGGUGACGUUGUCGACUACAAGGGGAACACCAUCGGCCACUGUACUCUGCUCGAGUACAUCCCCAAGGCAGAAGAGGAAUCACCGGAGGAGAAGAAGAAGCGUGAGCAGGCCGAGGAAGACAAGAAGCUGGCCAAGCAGAUGUCCAUUGUCAUCGAGCAGUGCCUCGAGAGCAUCCGGCCCAUUUGCAAGUUGAUCACCGAGAAAAUCGACAAGGCCGAGCGCACCCCCGAAGACGAGCGUGACGAGGAAGCGGUCGUGAGGGAAGUCAAGCCGUUGAUCGAAGAGGGAGGCCGCAUCCUCAGCGAAGCCAAGGGCGCCAUCAAGGGUCUCGACCCUGACGGCAGAAUCGCUGCCAACGCCAAACACAAGACAGCUGCCCGCGAGGCCAGUCCUGAGGAGUACCAUCUCGCUGACAAGCUCAAGGAGCUCACCGGUGAGGUGACGCAGUGCAUCGAAAACGCCAAGAAGAAGCUCGAGGACAUGCCUCACGUGAAGAAGGAGCUUAACCCGCUCUGGGGCCUGUUGAGCGAGCCACUUUUCCAGAUCCUGGCCGCUGUUGGUUUGCUUCUCGCCGGUGUCCUCAAUCUUGUGGGCAGAUUGCUGAGUGGACUGGGACUGGGCGGCAUCAUCGAUGGCUUGCUCGGCACGCUGGGGCUGAACCGUGUGCUCGAGGGCUUGGGUCUUGGGUCGGUCACCAAGAGCUUGACGGGCGGUGGUGGUAAGAAGAAGGGUGGUGGGCUGCUUGGUGGCGUGCUUGGUGGUUGAGAAACUGAACGUGACAGAGCAGAGGCAUUGGGAUUUUUUAAAAUCUGGGGUGGAAACGGUAAUGGGAACCUGGAAACAUGCAAUAUCUCAUUUCUAUGUUUAGUAAGAUCGCGAAUGCUCAGUUUUAAUGGAAUCAAUUCUCGUUCUCAGAAAUAUUCGCAAUAAUGAGGGUAUUUAUACAAGUAACAG